AUGAGGUCCAAAGACCAGCUACCUGCAACGGAACAAUCAGCAGUGGUCUACAGCAUACCUUGCCAAGAUUGCGGUGCAAGGUAUGUUGGUGAAACGGGCAAACGCCUCUGCACAAGAUUGCACGAGCACCAGCUUGCAGUCAACCGCGAGGAUAAGCUGUCAUUGGUAUAUGGCCACAUACAACAGGAGAAGCACAGUUUCGCCUUUGGGGAGGCGAGCGUCAUCGGCCGAGCGAGCGACAAGAUGGCCAGACUGGUUCUCGAAAGUUGGUCCUCAGUUGACACAAUAAACAGAGCCAUUGAUCUUCAUCCGGCCUACCAGGCCCUUCGUACGAGGCUCCAGUCAGCUCGGACGGGGCCGACAGCACUGGCGAACAAAUCGCGGCUCUCUCAACAGUUGUCACCUUCCCAGCAGGGGGAGAGAUCCAGCCGGGUGUCAGACGACCGACGCGAGAUAUCGACCCACCGACGCGCCCAAACAGCCGACCCCGAUUCCCACAUGCAACGGCAGCCGAUCAGCUCGUCAAAUUAUGGGGGGAGGGCCCAAGGGCACACGGACCUAGCAGCGACAACAGCGGCCGAGCAGGGGGCAGAGGUCACACCAGCGCCCCAGCGGUCGGCCACGGAGAGACCUAAGCCAAACCCCCGCCAGCAGGCAGGUCCGAGUUCAUGUAGCAGGCAUGCCUAUAACACGAGACAGGCGGCGAGACAGAACAACUCUGAGCUAGCAGGAACAAACACCCUACCACUACUCUGAUGAUGGAAACGAGGAAGUUUCCGAAACGUCAGCACCAAUACAGUGUGGUCCAUGGCAUCGCCUCUUUUUCUUCUUCGUCUUCUUUCGGGGAUGAUGAACGGGAUAAUUUAUCUGGACCUCGAAUCUUCACUCAUGUUGAUAUAUAUAUAUAUUACAUGUCCGACAAUGCGAAUCAGGGAUUUAGGCAUUCGAGAUAGGCAGAUGAACAACAAUAAAUUUGAAGGAGAUUACAUUCACAUCAAUGAGAAGUCAAAAAGCAAAUGUGUUAUGUUGGUUGAUAUUUUAUUUCCCUAUUGAACUUUUCACUGCACAUUUUUUUGGAAAUACAUAAGCUCAAACUAUUUGCAGUAUAAACGCGUAUAUCGAGUGCCAAAAACACUUGUUUGAGAUUUUUAAUUAGUUCGUAAAUGUGUGUCUUUGUCCUUACGUACAAUUUUGGAUUUUAUGAAGUCGCCCCAUUAAAAUGUUGAGAAAUGCCUUGUUAAAAGUCUUAUUUAACUGCAAAUUUGUUCGUAUUCUCGAAGUUCCGAGUAGUCAUUUGAGUAGUUCUAGGUCAUCAAGAAUAUUAACGUUGGCGAAAAGAAGAUGUUUUGACUGAAUUGUAUGUGGCUGUUUACCAACGCACCUCUGCCAGAAAAAAUAAACUAUGUUUUUAAUGUUCGUUAUGGUUCGAACCCUUAUUUAUUCGUUGUAGUGAAAACAACAAGAAACCACUGGCACGUUGCACACAAUUAUCCAGUUUCUGUGCGAUUGCCAACUAUGCAGUCAGAAGGAUAUUGUCACAAUGGACUCGCCGAUUUGAUCACUCAUUGCGAAGGUUUUAAUGGCCGAGUUUGAGGAAACAGGAUCGUAAUAUAAUACCGAUUGUUACGCGGUCGAUAUCUGCGAUUGACGGUUGGUAACACCGAUAACAAAGAUCUUUCAGCACGCAGCAGUGCUUCUUUGUGUUCCCUGCAGAGUCUGAGGCAGAUAGAGACAACGAUUUCCUUGAUGUCCUCUUGCACAGGUAAGAGUAUUUGUCUAUCAAGCGCAGAGUGUUCCGAAAAAAAAUCUGGAUGAAACAAUACGCUAAUUUACACAGUUUUGUUCCUCGUAACACCAGAGAAAAUUUAGUCCAGGGAUUGGCGACUAUGGUGAGACUCAUCAGCUCACCUGAAACAAUUUAACCAGAAUGCUAACAACCGCGGAGCACAUUUUGCGGGAACGGUUGCCCUGAUAGGUUUAUCCACUGAAGUAUUGGAAAACGCACAGCAAAUCGACUGCAGAAAUGAAUGUUGUGUUCACGAGAAUGCCUUUGUGCUGGGGAAGAAGCAACCGCACUAGUCAACCGAUGGUUAGCAACAACUCCUUUCGACAAAUUUACGCGUGUGCAUCACAAAAUCUCCACUUCUAAGUUUGGUAUGUAAAGAUAGACUACCGUUGGUGGUCAGAUCAGUGAACAUUUACUCUUUCACUCGUUACUCUAGAGCGGGGAACAGUGGCCGCACACCGAGACGCGUGGUAAAGAGGGUACGUAAACACAUACAUAUCUGCUUAGACAGAGGUGAGACCUGAUCGACUGCGAGUUUCAUUUACGCACAUUAAGUCGAUGCGAGACAGCGCGUCAAUGCCAAGGAACCAUUUUAGAUUGUCAACCGGACGUCAGCGAGCUUCUCCAAAUGUUAGCAACGGCUGAGGCAAUGGCAACACAGCUAGCGAAUCAAGUGCUAUGAUUUCACAAAACGUGGAUACAAGCGCCCCCUCUACCGUAGCCAACGCCCACCUCAAGUGAUGGCACUACAGAGAUACAGUAAUUCAUUGUAAAUACUAAUAGCCAUGACGGGCCUUACCUUUAAAUGAAAUUAUUUUUGCCAGUGUUUAUGAUAUUAUAGUAACAGGAUUUCGACAAUGAAAAAUGCAGUAGAUCGGUUUUCUGUCAUUCUUUAUCUUUAUGUAAAUCUUUUGCGUUGAGAUAAAUUGAGAACCAAUUUAGUUUAAUCUGUUUUGUAGGUUUAUGGUCUACAAAAUGCUUUUGUCUGGGAAAACGCCACUACUUCGAGGCGACAUAAAAAGACCGUUGUUUUGCGGAAGUGCAUGCGCGUUGGGCGCGUAAAACGUGUGCCCCGUUAUGUACCUCCCGGAAAUAUGUUCUUCCACCAAGCAUUUUUCAAUGAUUUUCUUACAUGUUGAUGUCGUAAUUAUUUUCUUUCUUGGUCACAGACGUCUUCGAAAAUGGCAGCAGACAGAGGCUUGUGGACAUUUUCAGUUUUUAAAUAAAGUGGAAUGUCCUCCUCACCUUAUAUGCUCAUUUUCGACCUCACAGGAACACGGGAGACAUAAGCCCACGGGAAGUGCUAUUUCUGGAAGCAUUUUAAUUUUGAAAUUUUGACCGGUGCCAAAUAAGCGGCCACAGGUCUUCCAUUACGGCUACCUUACGUACUACUGUUUGUUCAGUAGGUGUGCUUGUGGUAUUUUUUUGCCGCCGCGGCAAAAAAAAUACCACAAGCACACCUACUGAACAAACAGUAGUACGUAAGGUAGCCGUAAUGGAAGACCUGUGGCCUCCACGGCCAGAAAGAAACAUUCAAACACACCUAACAACCCGACUACCGUAGGGUUUACGUGGAGUUCCCAUCCUCUGUUGCCUAAAAUUUAUGUCCAAUAUACAAUGCCACUUUUAUGCAUUUACGCACACAAACUCCUCCUAUUCUAAACCACCUCUGGGCAGUUCCCAUGCACUGCAGUUGCGCUGUUAACUGCCCGUUUGCCGGUUUCGUGGUUUACGUAGUGUUCCUCGUCAUCAUCUCUCGGUUUCCGGUCAUGGUCCACUUGCCUCCCCUCCCACGCAUUCCGCAGUCCACCUAACUGAGGUGCCAGCAUUCCCAUUUCGUCAGUCAGACUACCAUUUACGCCAGCUGUCUACUACAGUAUCCAGCCCAGCUUCAACUUCUGCGCGUAUACCUGACCCUACAGGCCUUCCCUGGGCAUAUUCUGCAACACCCACCCCCCCCCAAACUAAAAGGCUUACAGCCUACGUCGUCCAAACAUACGUCUGUCACUUUGGGGUAGCUGCUACCACAGGCACCGGGCUCCUAGACCACUGCGGUUUUUACAUACACCUCUACCGCUCCCUUACCGCCUAGCCCACGCCUUUCCCCUUCCCCCAUUCCGAAGGCCUGUAAUCUACGCCGUCCUCAUAUCAAUCCCCGCAGUCCCGCUCCCCUUUCCGCAAGCUUACCGCAAUCCACAAUUCCUCCAUCGGCUGUUUCCAUUUCCGCCUGCUUCACAGUCUACUGUCCCUCCCAACCGGCUUUGUUAGUUGACCUGAUAUGCCCUUCCCCGCGGGUGGUUCAUGUCGCCCGUUACCAGCUGCAGCGAUUCCUAUUUACCGUCUACCGUGGCCGGCAGCGGCCUCAGACAGUCUCUACGUACCUCCCAGUUCCCGCUCUAAAGGCCUUCCGUAAUCAAUCCCUUCCUGACCUACAAGGGUUUAUCGACGAGGCUUAG